UCUCGCUGUCUACUACAUUUAAGCUAAACCUGCACCCUGCCACCCUGUGCUGAGUGCGCUCGACGGAUUUACACCGGCUCUGGAUUUUGCUGACUUUGAGUCGUCUUUCAAAAAAAAAACUGCAAUGUGAAUACGAAGGCGAAUGCUAGAAAUAGAAACCGAAAGAAAGUGAGUCAAGAUUCAAAACAAAACAAACUGUUGUCGUCACCGCUCGCGCUUCAUAUCACGCAGAAAUGCUCCUCUUUGCAACCUUCGCUUUUCUUGUAGAUUUAUCCUGGGCUCUUCCAACAGAUAUUAUUAUUCAGUUCGAGCGCAGUGUUUUGCUGAACGGGACAGUAGUCGAGAGGAUCCUUAUCAGUGAUGCAAAUUUAAAGGGACAUUUCGACCAGCAACCUGUUGUCAGACCCAUUCAAGACGAAGUCCUGAAGAAGAUGGUGGAGAAAGAUCAUGAAACCGCAAGUUAUGGCACAUAUAUACGUUUGAGGGAAUGUAAGCUGCGAGGGUAUCGAGUCCUGCAGCUGUCCGACCGGUUUCAGCUCAAUGGCAAAGAUUAUCUGACUUUAGAUUCGGACAGUGAUUCAUGGACCGUGUUGAUGCCAGAGGCACAGGGUCUAAAGUCAUGGACACUUAAGGCUGAGCGUGCGAGUCUAGACAAAACUCACCUGAAAGAAGAAUGUGAGGAAUUCAUUAAACAGAUAAAUGAUGCCCCGAAUCAAGAAGGGCUUGGCGUGUUAAGAGUGAUGGCUCCAGUUCUCUGCACUUUUCUCUUCAUUGGAUUUGUCUUUAUGAGCCUCCUUAUCUUCAAGGGACACGGUCAUCAGCCAGGAGGUGUUUUAGGCUCAAUUAUCCACUAUCCAGCCCAUCAUUUUGAAGUACCAUUGAACGAACAGAGUCAAAAGGACAUCUCUCAAGUUCCAGUGCUGAAGGGUCCCUAUAGCAAUCAUCUAACCUGCCCAACCAUAUAAUUGUAAAGAGUCAACUCUUGGUCAAGAUUUCAGAAGUCUUAGAUUUUUUUAAAUAUUAUUAUUAGGGGCCAAGUACCAAAGGUGCGUAGGCAUCUAUUGUACCUGUUGCCAUUCUUAUUCUUCUUCUGCUCUUGAGUCUAUGGCAGCCCAUAGAACUGUAGUGCCACCACUUGUCCAAAGUUUCACUCAUGUUUAUGCUAAUAAAUUUUGAACCAUAAAGGCAGAAAAGGAAAAUUAUUUUUCCCCUGAAUCCUUGGUUUAAGCUGAGUCGAAUGAAGUCCAAAAUGUACAAAAUUGUAAGAUUAAAAUUUUUCUCUAUUUGACAUUUUCGGACAAACUUACUUUUUCAAACUCGUUCUAGACGGUUUGUCUGAUUUUCACCAAAAUGAGCUCAGAUCAUCUUCAGACCAUACUGGCAAAAAUUGUUGAUUAGUCAAACCAUUGUCAAAUAACGUGCUAAUGAAUUUUACAAAGAGCACGCAAAAAUGGAUAUGUGGCUGUAUCUCUACAACGGUUGGGCAUAUUGAGAUCAAACUUGGUGUGUGUUCUAUAACAAACAUGACCUGAGACUACCUGCAGCGUUUCAGCACUGUGCCACCUAGUGGUCAGGAGAUAUGAAAAAAAUAUAUUUUUGCUUAUGAAUUCUGAAUGGUUUGGUCAAAAUCACAAGUUAAGAUUAGAUUAGGUGCAGCAUGCCGAGUCAAAUGAUACCCAAUUUGCCCAUGUCAGCUAUUUUGGGCAUUGGCCAUUUUGAUUUUUUUGGUUAAAUGUUAUAUUUUAUGAAUAUUUUACUUGCUAUGCUUCUUCAGCACCAUGCCCUGAUGGUACUCAAACAUUUUGGGUUCAGCGCAACCUUGUGGUCAAAAUGUAUAAUAACUUUUUAAUAAUGAAAUCAUAAACUUCCUGUUCGCCAUUUUGAUUCAUGUUAAAAACCUACUUUUCCGAACUCCUCUUAGACUGUUAGUCCAAUUUUCACCAAAUAUGUCUUAAAUCAUCUUCAUACCAAGCUGGCAAAAAGUUAUGGAUUUCGUGUCGAUAUACAUAAUGGUUUUUGUUUAGCGCAUCAACUAAUUUGCCAAACUGCUUCUGAGGCUGUAUCUCUGCAAAGCUUUGAUAUAUUUACACCAAACUUUGUAUGUACCAUUGUCACCUCACACUGACCAUGCCACAUUUGGUAACCGUGCCACCUACUGGUCAAGAGUGACAAACCAUUCAUUAAAAUUAAAUUAAAUAAAAUGUAUUCAUUUAUUUAUUCAUAGCGCAUUGCUUUACCAAUUGAGCAACAGGAACACUAACAUUAGCCAUUAAUUUUUACAUUUCCAAAAAUGCUAAUCAUUUUUGAUAACAUUAGCAUAUUAUAAUGAAACUGGUCUCAAAAUAUUCCUUUGGUAAUGCUGACAACAUGGAUACCAAAACCUAGUUUUUCUAACUCCUCCUUGACCGUUGGUCCAAUUUUUACCAAAAUCGAAUCAGAUUAUCAUCAGACAGUGCUGACAAAAGUUAUGGAUUUUGUGUUGAUAGACAAAACUGUUUUUGAAUAGCUCCGCAAAAAAUUUGAGGCACUAUGACAUAUUAUGUCUGAGGCUGUAUCUCUGCAAAGCUUUGACAUAUUGACACUAAACUUUGUGUGUGCCAUUAUUACCUCACACAGAACACACCACAUCGAUUUGAUAACAGCGUUAUAAGCCAUUAACUCAUAUUAUGAGAAGUUCUGUUUAUGAACUUUUUGCCAUUUUGCUUCAAAUCAUACUUUUAAUAACUUUAAUAAAAUAAAAUAAACUUUAAUAACUAAUUUUUACAGUUGGCCUGAUGUUCCAUGCCAUGCUUAGCUCCUCAUUUUGCCGUUGGAGUGCUUGGCCCCUUAAUUGCUGCUUGCAGCUAUAUUAUUUAAAAAUGUUUUUGCUUGAAAUUAUCUUGAAAGCUUAAUUUUUAAUUGUGUCAGUAGUACUGUAUGCAUUACACACUGUUGCCGAAUGUUCUUGCACAGAGUAUAACAACAGUUUCCGUGCUUUCAAAAAGCAGUUUUUUAUAUUUUAUUUGUUUUGUUUUUUUACUGUAGUUGUGGUCUUUUUAUGCUACUCACUGAAAAUCUACCAUUUAUAAAUUGCACAAUCUGAAUCAUUUUUUUUUGUGUGUAAUGUCAGCUAGACAUACUAGUUUCUGAUGUGUAAUAUAUCACAUUUUCCCUCAGUAAAAUAGCUGAUAACAUGUUUAAAAGCAUUUGUUUCUUUGUACCCAAAGAAGUUAUUGUAUCCAGUAUUUGUUUUGUGUGUGAAUUCAUGCAAAAAGACCAAAAUCAGCAAAUAAAUUUUUCCUUAUGUCAUAA